GAAGCCUUUCAACAAUUGUGUCACCAGCUAAAUGGUGAAAAAAAUGCACCAGAAAGAUCCACUGCAAAUUGGAAAAGGUGAUUGGGAGACGAAAGUCAAAGCUAAAGCCAGAAGAAUUCACUUCGAGCAAGAGCUUACUGGAGGUGGAAUACCAAUAAUAGAAAUAUUAACAAAUCUGGAAAAAAAACUGUUAGAGAUUCUAUCAAAAAUUUUAAUUUAUGGCCACCCGGAUAUUAUAGAGCUAUGCUUUAAAAGAAAAAAUAAGUUUAAAAAGUGUACAUACAAAACCAAAUCAAGAAAAACAGGAAUAAAAUACAAAACGCGUUUAGGAGAAUCUUUUGAGCUGAAUCCCAUUUUACUGAGGGAAUUUGAAAGAAUUCUAAAUUGCAUAAAAAUUAGUUUAUGCAUUUUAAAUGAUGCACUGGAAAAUCUAAUGGGUGCAUUACACAUAAAACAAUAA